UGCGAAUUGCAAGCGAAGACAUUUCCUUCGAGAACGAUUCUCCUUACGCCUUUUUACAAGGAUUUUCAAGGAUUUUCAACGAUUUUCAAGGAUUUACAAAAUUAUUAAAUACCCGACUGCGAUCGUUUUCGUUCUCGAAUCUAGACCGCGGAUCUUGCGUGCAUUUAUAAGAAAAAUAAACGCAUGGCGGAGACAUUAUUCACCCGCCCGGAUACGUUUGCAACAAUCGAGCACUGUUUAACAAUAGGCAGCCGUUCGCAACGAUCCGGACCGAUCGCGAAGAGCAGCAGCGAGAGACGAUUCCUGCAGAAACAGCUCUAGAUCGGAUCGAGAGAGCACGUGUCGCGUGCCGCGUCAUCGAACUCGUGCUCGUCCUUCUAACCAACUGGGGGAUUGAUGAAGCCAAGACCUUGGCAAAAAUUGGCGAUCACGUAUUAUCUCAUCGGUGCCCCCGAGGACAAACACUUUAUUAUUGCGUGCCGUUGCGAAUCGCUCGGAAUGAACGCUAAUGCGGGCUCCGCGGCCGCGUCGAUCGCCGAACGCGCGUUAUCGUUCGUUCAUUCUUUUAUUUUUUUCCCCUAACCAAAAAUCCGGGGCAUCGAUAGCUCCCUUUAUCCUUGACCUCGGCCGCGAGGCCGACGCGAUGUAACCCCCGUUCCAACGAAUCCCAACGAAAUUCCAGUCCACCGAAACGGCCGAGAGACCGCGAAAAAUGAGAGAAAUAGUGCACGUGCAGAUCGGCCAGUGCGGAAACAACGUCGGCACCAAGUUCUGGGAGAAGAUCUGCGACGAGCAUGGCCUGCACCGGGACGGCGUCUUCGACGGGGACGAUUCGUCGGACAUGCGGUUGCAGCGGAUCAACGUUUACUUCGCCGAGGGUCAAGGCGGCAGAUUCGUCCCGAGGGCGGUCCUGAUCGAUCUCGACUCCAAAGCGUUGAGCUCCGCGCUGUCUAGGAAAUGCGGCGGUCUGUUCAAGCCCGAGAGCUUCGUGGUUGGACGCGAGAGCGCGGGAAACAAUUGGGCGAAGGGAUACUAUAGCGAGGGUGCGGGCGUCGUCGACGAGGCUUUGGAUGUCGUACGCGCGGAAGCCGAAGCUUGCGACCUCUUGCAAGGUAUCCAGCUGGUCCGAUCUUUGGGCGGCGGGACAGGGUCAGGAGCGGGCGCGUUGCUGAUGACCAAGCUGAAGGAGGAGUACCCGAGUAGGAUAGUGAAAUGCUACAGCGUGAUGCCCUCGGCGAAGAUGUCGGACGUCGUGGUGGAGCCGUACAACGCGGUCCUAGCCCUCGGCGCGUCGAUCGAGUUCGCCGACCAAUGCUUCUGCAUGGACAAUCACGCGUUGCACCGCGUCUGCUCGAGGCUGCAGCGCAUCGCCACGCCGACUUACGCCGACACCAAUCACCUGAUAUCCGCGUGCAUGGCCGGCGUGACCUGCUGCUUCAGAUUCCCCGGACAACCUAGCGCCGAUCUGCGAAAGCUUCACGUAAACCUGGUCCCGUUCCCCAAGUUGCACUUCUUCGUCGCCGGAUACGCACCUUUGACCUCUAGGAGCGCCGCGCAGUACGCGGUCGCGUCCGUGCCCGAGCUAGCCAGACAAUUGUUCAAUCCUAGCAACGCGCUCGUCGAUUACGAUCCCGCCGCUGGCAAGACCAUCGCCGCAGCUGCGAUUUUCCGCGGAAACGCGUCGACCAAGCGCGUGGAGGAGCAAAUGUACAUCGUACGGAACAAGAACAGCCCUAACUUCGUCGAGUGGAUCCCGAACAACGUUCAAACCGCGGUCUGCAAGGUCGCUCCUCGGGGAGUCUCGAUGAACGCGACCCUGAUAUCGAACACGACUACGUUCCAAGAGCCGCUGAAGAGGCUGAUGAGCGGCUUCAACGACAUGCUGAAGAAGAAGGCGUACAUUCACUGGUACACCGCGGAAGGGAUGGACGAGUCGGAAUUUACGGACGUUCAGGGGAAAAUGCGCGACCUAAUCGCGGAGUACCAACAGCAGCAGCAAGAGGCGAACACCGAAAACGCCGAUCCUCUGUGACGUGAUCGUGGCUGGACGGCGAAAAUAUUCAGCGCAGACCUCGAGGCAGCCGUACGAAACAAUCUAAAGCUAUUUCGCGAAAUUCCAUCGGACCUGAAACAUUGAAUAAACAACGAUCACUGUAAAGCAGGGGGUGAAGACAAUUAUGAUAUUGGUUGCGGUUCUUGAAACAGUUGUGGAGAACCGAAGAAGUCUCACAACUUUUAUAGAUAAACUGCGGAUUUUAUGCAUUCGUGGCAAAAAUCAGGAGAUGAAAUCUAAUCAUGAGAUCUUCUCGAUUUUUCAUAACUGUUCCAAUCAGUACCGAUGCACAAUAUAUGUAUACAGUGGUGUGAAUAAUUACAGACUGAUAACUUUUACAUUUUUAGUGAUUUUACAUUUUACAUUCCAGCGAACAAAAACUUAACGAAAUAUUUCCGAUUAUUUCUAAUGUAGGAAUAUAUAACUUCUAAUCUAGAGAUAUGUUACUUCUAAUAUAAAAAAUAUACAGAUGCGACAUUUUGUUAAGUUUUCGUUUACAUAUCGGUGACAACGCGAAAGUUACUUCGAGUCCAAAAUUAUGCACACCGCCGUAGACGUGAAACGGGCCGAGAACGGUAAUAUUCGGAACCCUUUCGAUCGCUGCUGCGACACGCCCUUAGGAUGAUGGAGGGUGACUUGUGUGUACUUGAAAAAAUUCUUAUAUUUUCGUAAGGAACAAACUUGCGCUACCGUAAAACGCGUGCCACGAUUACAGGCUUACGAUAUAUGAAUAAUGUUUGCGGAUGUAACAGAGAAGGCAGAUUUUUGGUUGCGGUGCUUUGGCGUUUGGUCGUCGGGGAUUGUCUUUGUCUACCACCGCCCCCUCCGUGACCCUCUACCGCUGAAGCGAGCGACGCGUCUCCCUCGGCCAGCCUCGAUGUCCUUCGAACUCCAUGAAAAAAGAAGCGAAACUGAAGAAGAUGCCCUAUCGCGUAUAAAAGUAUAAAAAGCGAACCACGUGUGCCCGGAACCGACUCGGGCCGCUUUCGAUAGACGGGCGAGAGAGGGCGGAGGGUUUAAGAUCGAUUUGUAUCCUCUGUUAAGCCACGGAACGUUCACGAAGCGGCUCGGUUCUGGCGGAUAUUAUUAUAAACCGAUUCGACUGAUUAUAUUUAGUAUCGCGGACCAAAAUCUCGUUAAAGACGGACGCGUGACGUAAACUAACUCAAUAUGGAUAACCAAAAAUGAAGAGAGUUAGUAAGAACCUAAUUCUUUGACAAUAAUGUCCAAUAUUAUCCAUUAACUUUCCUCGAAAAUUUGAUGUACAGCAAAACGACGUUUCCUUUUCCUAUUCUCCUCCCUCUUCAUCGAACAAUACCGCUGCGUAGCGCAGAUCUUUUACCGAUAAAUGUGGAAACAUUUUCAACACUAUGCUUACCGAACCGGUCAAAAUUGUUCAAAGAUACAUUUACGAGUGAUUUAUUCAAUGUACGAAUUACUUGUGGAAAAAUUAGAAUAAACGUCUUAUUCCUA